GGAUGAACACAUUGAUUGGGUACGAUUUGGUACCUGAGCCAAAGAUUCUCGAGGCUGCACUGAGAGCCUGUCGGAGGUUAAACGACUUGGCCAGCGCUAUCCGAAUUUUGGAAGCUGUGAAGGACAAAGCCGGACCCCAUAAAGAUAUCUACCCGUACGUGAUCCAGGAGCUGCGGCCUACUUUAAAUGAGCUUGGCAUCUCUACACCUGAAGAGCUCGGCAUUGACAAAAUUUAGCAGAGCAGAUCAAAAAACAUACCCUGGACUCAAAACCCUCUUACUUCAAUGUUUGCCUCAUAAAACGCGUGCGAUAUUUAAUUUGGCCUUUAUUAAGUUCUGUUGCUUGUAAAAUAUUGUUGAACAUAAUAAAGGAAACUGUAUCUUUGAGUGUCACAAGGAUAUGGAAUAUUUUUCAAUAGUCUGAGUAAUUGUUGGAGCAAUAUUUCAUUACACGUUGCUUUAAUAGAGAACAAAGUGUCACCAAAUGGUACAUGUUGUCCGAGUGUGUGUCUUGUAAGAUUCACAUUUUACCACCAGGGAGCAGCAUUUCCAUAUGAAUGUAAAAUCAUUCUACUGUACUCAAUCUACAUCUGUUUUCUUUUUUUUUUUAUUUCAGGGAAAAGUUAUGUGCGGGUAAAUAAACUUGUUCAAA